AAUAGUUUCCGUCAAAGUUUGUUGAUAUUUUGAAGGGCGCUAAGUUAAAAUUUUGCUGCAAGAAAACAAGAGUAUGUGACGGUGUAGAACUAUUUAAUUUGGUGGUCUUCAUGAUUAUGGAGACCGUUUAUACCACCACUGUGUUCCAUUCCAGUUGUGAAGCAUAAAGAGUGGUGAUGGUCAUCCACUAUCUUAUUUAUAUGAUGAUAACUACACAGCCCGGCCACCAACCACACAGAUCAACCACCAGUGGACCUAUGAAGAUAGCAAUAUAAGAAACUGUAGAGCAGUUCGAAGUCAGUUUCUCUUCCGACUGGCAGCUGAAGCUGUUCAUCGGCUGUACUGUGCCAUCAUAUUAUCACUACCUCUGCUGCUCAACUAUGUUCACAGUAACACUCCACUUUGUUGGACUCUGCUGAAUUCAUCAACUCGCCCCGCUAUACUGGCCAUGGGGCUUUGAUUCUGCCAGCAAUAUUUGACUAUAGGCAAAGAUUAGAGAUUAAGAAUAAUGGCCUUGCCAGUCUUUACCAUUAACCUUAACCACAAGAUUUUGCCUGGCCUUGUUACAAUUGGAAAGUAUGAUGGCACACAUGCAUGUCUCACUGCUGCCACGACAGCUGACCAGGUGCUUAUACACAGUCCACAUCGAAGAGUUGGAUAUGAAACUGGACGCAUGGUCUCACAUGAGAGAAGUAAGGAAUUGGUACUUCUUAACAUCAACCAGCCAGUAACAGCCAUAUGUGCAGGACGCCUGGAUCCGAGCAAGGACUGUGAUAUAUUACUUGUUGGAACCGCUACUAAUCUUCUAGCAUAUGAUGUGGAGAGAAAUAUGGAUCUUUUCUAUAAAGAGGUGAUGGAUGGAGUGUCUGCCAUUACAAUUGGGAGGCUAGGUCAUUGGAAGAAUCCUUUGGUCAUUGUUGGUGGUAACUGCUCUAUUCAGGGAUUUGACUAUGAAGGUAAUGAGCCAUUUUGGACAGUCACGGGAGACACAGUCACCUCGCUUGCUUUAUUGGACUUUGAUGGUGAUGGUGAUAAUGAGUUAAUUGUUGGCUCUCGAGAUUUUGAUAUCCGUGUCUUCAAAGAGGACAAUAUUAUAAGUGAACAUGCAGAACUUGAAGCAGUAACUGUGCUGACCCCUCUUAAUGGAAGUGGAUUUGGCUAUGGAUUGGGUAAUGGCACUGUUGGCGUAUAUCAGAAACUUCAGAGGGUUUGGAGAGUUAAGUCAAAAAGUCGUGCUGUUAUCAUCUAUAGCUUUGAUGUGGACGGUGAUGGUAUGGAAGAACUGAUAACUGGUUGGACAAAUGGGAAGGUGGAUGCCAGAAAUAGCAGAACAGGUGAAGUCAUCUUCAAGGAUACAUUGCCUCAUUCUAUAGCAGGGAUUGUAGAAGGCGAUUAUCGACUUGUUGGAAAGAAUGACCUCCUUGUUUGCACUGUUGAGGGAGAAGUGAGGGGCUACAAACAGGCAAAAAUGAUGGGAACAAGACCUGAUGUGAAUGUGGAACAGGAGACAGUCAGGGAAUUGUUAUCAAGGAAGCAGGCAUUGCUUACAGAGCUUCGUAUGUAUGAAAGUAAUGCACAGCUCUCUGGCAUUGCACAUAGUGAUUAUGCUGAAAGUAUUGCUCAACAAUUGCAGCAGCAAGCUGGUGUAAUACCUGCCAAGACUCGGCUGCAGACUGGAAUCUCCAUUAAUAUGGGGAAUGAAAAGAAACCGGGUCACAUUGAAGUCGCUCUUGCAACAAACAAUGAAACUGUAAUAAGAGUUGUAAUGGUAUUCGCUGAGGGCAUAUUUGAAGGUGAGACACAUGUUAUCCACUUAAAAGAAUCAGAAAUAUCAUCUAAUGUGAAUGUUGCACUUUAUCCUCCAAAGGAUGUGCCAGUAGACAUUCACAUAAAGGCCUUGGUGGGUUAUCGUGGAAGCCAGCAUUACCAUGUUUUUGAGCUUACAAGGCAGCUACCACGUUUUGCUAUGUAUGCUUUAUGCGAGGAGCCGGGUAAUUUACCCUCCAGCUAUGUGUCAUUCUCUUUAAACGAAAGAGUGCAGAGGAUUGCAAUGUGGAUUAAUCAGAAUUUCCUGGUUUUGUCAGAUAUUGAAGCAAACACUGAACUGAAUGUGACAUUUCUUUCACUAAGAGACAACACGAGAGUAAAUAUAUCAAUGCAGCCAGAAAAUAAGUUUGUGAUUGCAACACACAGCAUGGCUGUUGCAGGUGAUAUCGUACAAUCUCUUGCAGCUUUUUUAAAUUUGGAUGAAUUGCAGGUAAAGGCAGAAUUUUCUGAAGAAGAACAACGAAUUGCUGUUUUGCUUCAGCAAGUAAGUGAUCUUCAAGAAACCAGGCUUCGUUUGGCAGCAGAAAUGGCAGACCAUUCUGGACUUGUUCGUAGCUUGGUGAUGCGUGCAGAAAAUGCCCGGCACUUGGGAGAUGUUAAGGAUGUUCGGAGAUGGUAUGCAGAACUGAAUUACAUUAGCACUGACUUGGUACGGGGCUAUAACAUACGCUGCACGAAUCAUCAAGAACUUGUAGAAGCUCUGAAACAAGUCAAUCUCAUAAUAGAAAAGGCAGCUAAGCUAAGAGUUGGCAGGUUUAAAGUCUCAGUCAUCAAUGCUUGUCGUAUGGCACUGAAAAAUAACAAUGUCAGUCUGCUUGUAAAAGCGAUAAGAAUAGGAGAAGUAUAAUUACAAUAUACCUUGAAUCAGACACAUAUAAGAUUUGAGUGCCAAAACAGUGCCUACAUAAUGGUGUCUUCAGUUGUUAAGAGGUUUUGUUUAUGCUCUCUUGCACAUGUUGAAACACAAUGUUAAACAAAUAUCCUGAAAACCACUACCUGUUUGAUAUCUUAUUCUUUGUAAGAAGGAAAGACAAAUAAAAGAAGAUAAGGAGCUGGAAUAACACAUUUCUAACACAAUGACCACAUUGCCUUUGAAGUUUGUCUGUGCUUAAAAAUAUCCAUGUCAUCUCUUAAAUAUACCCUGUCCUCACUGUGCUGACAUUUACUGUCAUGUAAUUGAGAUCACAGUUUUGUUACUCUUAUUCAUUCUUAUGUGCUGUGUAAACUUGUGUGUGUUACUU